CGCGGAAAGGGGGUGGUGCUUCCUCGUGCUGGGGAGCGACCCUAUUGGCAGUUCCUUCUUGUUCCCGCCCUCGAAGGGGAUCCAAAGGGAGACGAGAUAGGCGAAUGCGGCGUCAACUGGUCCCUGAAUUUCAUAAGCUUUUGGGUUACUCAGCCCAGUGAUUUCGGUCAUGAAAGCCUUUGAGAACACAUUCAUAAAGUUUUCUUCGGCCAGGAAUCUGAGGUAGUUUCUGCAAGGCCCUUCCUCUGAAAUACAACUGUAUUCAUGGGUGGCCUCUACUCCAAGUACCCACUAAGCUUUCAAGGUCACAUGGUAUCUUUAAGGAAUGAACAUGGCAUCUGGCAGAAUAGGAAUACGCCUCGCUGCCUGUCUGCUAAAUGUUUCAGAAGGAAGAAGAAAGGAUGUUGUUGAGAAAAUAGCAAAAGCUGCUGUUUGUAAGGAUAAAGGUCAAGAGUGUCUGCAAGCAACUGUGCUUAAUAUAUUUUCGGACUAUGAGUAUAAUAGAUCAGUAAUAACAAUAGCAGCUCCCAUUGACAGGCUUGGGAGCAGCGUUGUUGCUGCCUGCAUGGAGGCCUUCUCAUCCAUAGACAUGGCAGCACAUGUUGGGAUCCAUCCGUGUCUUGGGGCCGUGGAUUUGGUGCCCAUUUACCCGUUGUCAGGUGUCGACUUGGAGGAAUGUGGAAUGGUGGCUCGAAAUAUAGCAGAGUGCUUGGCUCAUUGUGUCCCUGGAUGCAGCAUAUUUCUUUUUGGACAUGCAGACCUCCCAAAGAAGCAAAGUCUUGUUCAAAGAAGGAAACAGAUGGGAUGGUUUAACAAGGGAGCUUCUAAAGCAGCACAUAUUAUUCCUGAUGUGGGAUUGGCACCUACUUCACGAUAUGGCUUAACUGGUGUUGGGGCCAGCCCUUAUGUGAUGAACUGCAAUGUGACUGUAGAUACCCAGGACUUGGCAAUGGCAAAGAAAAUAGCCCAGUUCAUCCGAGGAAGCAGCGUGGAGGGCCUGAAGGGUGUGCAGUCGAUGGCUUUCCCGCACAAGGGGCAAAUCGAAAUAGCAUGUAAUGUGGAAAGUUUUGAUGAGCAUGACAACCAGUUGGCUACUGGAGAAGAGCUGGGCUAUGUUUCAUACAGCAUUCUUGGAAGGACUUACUAUUAUGUUUCCCCACAGCUGAUAGAGGCUUCCAUUCAGAAGUUGGCCAGAAGCCAUGAAGUCAGCACAGUGGGGACUGCGCUGGUUGGGUUUACACCAGAAGAGUGUCGGCGAUGUGCUGUCUAUGCAUUAACAAAUGGUAUUGGUGAAUUUUGGAGGGCUAGGGGUGGUAUCUUUAUGUGAUAGACCUUUUUGUUAAUUUUAAGUUUAAUUCACAAUGAAUGUAAGGGUUACUCAGAAAACGGGAAACAAUCCGGGCCAGCUAACACAUCCCAACAAACGAUUCCCCCAGGCAGAAAACAGCCAGGCUUUGAAGCUGCAAGGCCACUCAAUGUUAAUCAAGGCAGCCAAUUGCAACUUUCACACUUGCCUCAAACAGACCAGAGUUCUUUCUCCCACCCUGGACGUUCCACAGAUAUAUAAACCGCAGUUGCCUAGUUUCCAACAGACCUCACAACCUUUGAGGAUGCCUGCCAUAGAUGUGGGUGAAACAUCAGGCGAGAAUGCUUCUGGAACAUGGCCAUACAGCCUGGAAAACUCACAGCAACCCACGGAUACGCUGAUCCAUUGUGAAAAUGGGACUAAGAAAUGGACACCAGUGAAGCUAGAAAAUAAUUACAUAUGUUAUGAUUAUAAAGCACCUUUGGAGCUUC